AUGAUGGCAUUGAUUGAUCAAGAUAAUGUGAUGAUUAUUGAUAAGACUGAAAACAAUCCAACAAAGCUCAACAACGGUCAACCUGUUUGGGGAACAGUUAUGAGCUUGCAAGAUUAUACCGUUCGUGCAUUAGAAAUGACUACAAAUCCUUUCUGCGCUGCAGGAGCUCAAUUAGGAAAUGGUACUUGGAUCGUUGCCGGUGGAAACCAUGCUAUCGGUUACGGUGGUGGUACUUUGGGAACAGUACUUCCUCAAAAUGGUCCUUAUAAAGAUUUUGACGGAGGUAAAGCAAUUCGUAUAAUGGAUCCACAAUCAAACGCUGCAAAUUUGAAUUGGAUUGACGAACAAAAUGCAAUGACUGCAACACGUUGGUACCCUGGUAUGGAAGUCAUGACUGAUGGUUCAGCACUCCUGAUCGGUGGUGCAACGGGUGGUGGUUACAUCAAUAGAAACUUGCCUAAUGUUGAUCCAGCAUACGAAGGAGGGGGUGCAACGCCAACUUGGGAAUUCUUUCCAUCAAAGAACAACACACCAACGAUCAUGACAUUCAUGAACGUUACAUCUGGAUUAAACAUGUAUCCUCAUACAUAUCUCAUGCCAAGUGGGAAAUUGUUCAUCCAAGCAAAUUACAGUACAGCAUUAUGGAACCCAUACGAGAAUAACGAAGCAACUGCAUACAACUGGUUGGACAAUAUGCCAGAUGAAAUUGUACGUGUUUAUCCUGCUUCUGGUGCAGCUGCAAUGCUUCCUCUCACACCUGCCAACAACUACACACCAACAAUCUUGUUCUGUGGUGGUUCAGUAAUGCCAACUGAUGCAGACUGGGGAUUCUACGGUGGACCAGGAACAAACAUGUACCAAGUGCAAGCACAAACUGAUUGUUCAUCAAUCACACCAGAAGACGCAAAUGGUAAUUUGGUUUCACACUCCUAUGUCCGUGAAGAACAAUUACCCGAACCAAGAUCGAUGGGACAAUUCAUUCAUUUACCAACUGGUCAACUGGUGAUCGUCAAUGGUGCACAAAAUGGUACGGCAGGAUAUACAAACGCAACAUGGAAUAACGUUAAUGGUAUCAAUCAAGAAGGUUGCUCGCAAACUCCAACGUAUCAACCUGUUAUGUAUGAUCCACUCAAGCCUUUAGGACAACGUUUAACCCGUGAAGGCUUUGGGUCUUCAAAAAUUGCACGAUUGUAUCAUUCAAGUGCAAUCUUGGUACCUGAUGGAUCAGUUUUGAUCGGUGGCUCAAACCCGCAUCAAGAUGUUUCACUAGAUAUGCCUUUAGGUAUGACCCCUGAGGCCUUCAAUACCACUUAUGAUAUUGAGAAAUGGUACCCACCAUACUUUUUCGAGACACGUCCACAACCAGCCGGAUUGCCAAAUAAUUUGAUGUACGGAGGAAACACUUGGAAUUUCACUAUGGAUGCCAACUUCAUGGGUAGCUCGGCCAACUACAAAGCAAACAAUACUCGUGUCAUGGUUAUCAGACCUGGUUUCUCUACCCACGCAUUGAAUAUGGGUCAAAGAAGCUUGCAAUUGCAACACACUUAUACAGUCAACAAUGAUGGCUCAGUCUCGUACGAAGUUAUGCCAAUGCCAAGCAAUCAAAAUAUAUUCGUUCAAGGUCCAGCUCUUUUGUUCGUUACGAUUGAUGGUGUUCCAUCUAUCGGAAAGUACAUUCAAAUCGGUACGCAAACUUUCGGAGCGGCUGCAAUUCCCAAUACUAUCACUUCUGCCGCUCAACCAGGUCAAUUAGCUGCUGCAGUUAACAAUCCCAACUUUAAUGCUAUGCCAAAAGGAAUGUCAAAUGGCACUACCAUUGGUGAAAUUGUUGGUGGAGCUGCUGGUGGGUUCGUGGUCUUGUUGCUCUUACUGUUGGCCAUCUUCCUUUGCCGUCGUCGUAGAAGACGUAAUGCAACAGCAAAACAGGCUACCAUUAAUGACAAGGAUGAAUCAGGACAUAUUUACGGCGUAUCGGGCUAUACCAACGGUCGUGUAAACUCACAAUAUAGAAGUGUUGGUCAACAAGAUAUUCCAAUGUCUUCGCCGAUUCCAAUGUCAUCGCCUAGCUUCCAAGCAGCUCAUGUCCCAUACGAUCAACGUUCACAAAGAUCAGUCCCAUCAAUGGCAUCAAACAAAUAUCUUAACUCUCCUUUAGCAACACCUGCAUACGAAAUCAAUCAUGAUUCUGCAAGUGCAAUGUAUUCAACUCCACUCAUUCAACCUUCUCCACAACAACAGCAUUACUCCAUUUCUUCUUCUUCUGCAACUCAUUAUCAACAAAACCCCCAAUACGCACGUCAGCAUUCUCCCCAGCCAUAUUAA